AAGUAUAUUGAUUGAACAUCUCAUCCUAAAAACAUGGUCAUUAAUAUUGCUGCUUUCAUUCUUAUGGGAAAGCUUUCUGUGAGAUUUUGAAUCUGGCUGCAGGGAUUUGCUCCCAUAGAGGUCUGGCAAUGAUGUUGGGCGAUGAGGAUCACAGUCGACGCUCACCCUAAAGAUGCUGGAUGGAGUGAACUUAAGAUCAGCUCUGUGUAGGCCAGUCAAGUUCAUUCACACCAAAAUCAAACUGGUUAUUUAUGGAUCUCACAGAUUGUGAAGGCCAUUGAAGCGUUGAAGCGUUGAAGCUUGACUAAAAUAUAACUGGAUGCUGUAGCAUUAACAUUUAACAAACAGCCCCAUAUCAAAAAGUACACAACUGUAUAUGGAGUGUCUACAUACCAUAAUUAAUCCCAUUAAGUAAAAGUAAAAAUUUUAAAAUACAGAUUAUUUUCUGUAUUAGCCUAACUGAUAAAGAAAUGUCAAAUAAAAAAAAAGUCUACUCAAGUCUCACUGUAGUAAAAACAGUUAAACAUUUUCAGCAUAAAACUACAAAAUCAGGAGGAUCAUUUUAUGUGAUAAAUGUUUGACAGAACUAAUCUGGUCAUGCAGCUGCAGAAAGACACAACAGCUAGACGUAAAUCCGAUGCUCUCACUCCCUCCUGCCUAUCAUGACUCAGCAGACAGACAGCCAUGGAGGGAGGGAGACAAGGGGAGCGCUAAACAUUGAUGGUAAAGCAGUGAGUGGACUCAGCCCGAUAGAGAGGGAAAGGCCCUCCAUGAUGGAUGUGGAGUUGGAGGACUGUAGCACCAAAAGGCUUUAUAAGGAAACAAAAUUGUUGCUCAGCAAGAAAAUGUGUCAUUCUGGUAAUAGUGGAGCUGAGCAUGAACUAUGUGAAGUGGAGUCCUCUGGCUUCCUUCCUGCUUAUCCAGUCUGUGUGCCACAAGACAGAUGGGGAAUAAAGGGAGGAGAAGACGAGAGAGAACAGGACAUCCAAAACAAGUUGUUGCGUUCAUGUUGCACAGCAGAGGGCAGCAUUGAUUUGGUGAGUCCAAGCUCCAUGUUGGAGCACUGGGUGUAUUUAGAUAACCAGCACAACACAGCAGAUGGCCCUGUUACCACAACUAUCACCCCUCCUGCCACUCCAGUAACCCACAGGCCUUGUCCGUUCAUCCCUGUUCCAAGUUCAGUGACAGCUUCUGCUAUGCGUGAUGUUGUUGAUCCCAUGAUAUAUAGCCCCAUGACUCACACCUGUAGUCCCAUUAGUUCUAUGUGCAGUCCCUCUGAUUCAGCCUGGGACACUCUCAGAUCCACAUACAGGAGUCCUGGCUGCUGUGACCUGGAUCCUGUCAGUGCUGCAGCUCACCUACAUCUGUUGGGGGAAUCCUUGUCCCUGAUUGGACACCAUCUUCAGGAGACAAAUAAAGUGGUGAGUCUGUCGAGUAGCUCGUCUCUGCUCUUGGACUCUCUGCUCUGUGCCCUGGCUCCUCUAAUCUCCCUCACUGAAGUGAUACCAGAGCUGAGGAGCUGCACACAACACACACUGGCCUCCACUCUGGAGAACAUUGCCUAUGUGAUGCCCGGGUUGUGACUAAUGACGAAGACCCCUCUAGCAGUACACAGCACAUUCUAAUAUGCUGAAAGACACUAUAGGUUAGUUUACACUUGGAAAAUACGAAUAAUGUUUAUUUUGUUCUGGAAGAAUAUUUUUUUGAACUAUAACUUUAUUUUUGCUUAUUUAAGUUUAUUUUAAUAUGUCAAUUGUUUUUGGUUGUUUAGUUAAAAGAUAUGAAUGAAGAUUGAAUUAUGUAUUUUUAUUUACCGACCAGAUAGCUUCCGUCUGUGUCACUGGACGCAUUCAAAGUUUCAAUUAAAAUCUUUUUCUAUGUCACAGUGGUGUUGAUCAGGAAUCACAUACAGUAGAUUUACUACGGUACAGUACUCUUACAUGUUCUUGUACUUAUAUUCAAAAAUAAAAUAAAAUUGCAUAUUUGCAUAGUUCAUUUGAA